AUGGCUGCUAGGGAGAGGCUAGAGAGGCUGGAGGCUAGAGAGGGUAGAGAGGGAGAUCUUCCGGGAGCUAAGGACCAUCCCCUCAUCCAUGUGAUCUACUCUCUCUACUCUCUCUACUCUACCUUCCUACUCCGACCUACUCUCACCAGCUACUCCCUCUGCCUACUAUUCUCGACCUCCCCUGCCCACAUCGAUCCCCACUCUAGCCUAAACUCGCUGGCAAAGAUGCCCAGCUAA